AUGGGAGCUUUGCUAGGAGGUUUUAUGAAUCAACGAUGUGGGCGGAAACCCCUGCUGUUAGCUUGUGCAAUGGUGCAAAGGAUAGGAGCCGUGGUGGAGGCAAUUGCUACAUCGAGAAAUGUUCUACUCAUUGGUAGGUUCAUUGUCGGUUUUGGAAUAGGUAAGUGAGAAAAAUGAGGUUUUCCGUAAUAUCUGUAAUAUGCAACUCGCUGUGCAACAUGCAUGUUUGCAAACAUUCAAAUAUGCAAAUCGCUGUAAAUCACGGAAUCAAAACGGGUGUCACGAAAGUUAAGACCUAAGACCUAAGAUCCUUGGAGAACUAAGACCUCUCGACAACUAAGACCUCUCGAAAACUAAGACCCCUCGAAAACUAAGACCCCUCGAAAACUAAAAACCCCUCGAAAACUUAGACCCCUCAAAAACCUUUUGGGUACGGGAUAUUUCAAAAGAAAGAAUGAGAAGCCAAGGUGAUCUUUACAACCUGGAGGAGUUACAAUUUGGAGAUCGUGAAUUUCACUUGAGGUGUUUACAUGCAGGUUACUGAACUUCAAAAUUAAACGUUGAAUCUAGAUAAGUAAACUUUUUACUACUAAAUUUACACUCUAUUUAAUUCAGAAAAAAAGUGAGCUUUCUGGCAGUUUUUAAGUCGGUGAUGUUAAGUCGCAUGUUUACCGCAUGCUAGGAACUUCAGAUCGUUUUCGAAAUCCGGCGAAACUUUCUCCAAACGGAAAUCAUUCGUUAAACACUCGUUUGACUACGACCUUAUUGCAUGUGAUUAUUAAAAUCGAUCACGCUAGCAAGCUGGUGGUCAAGCCCGAGGCAAUUUUUCAGUGGGUGAUAAAUAUUCAUAUAUGUCGUGCAGUGCCCAACGUUCCGCAUGGUUGCCGCAUACAAGAACAAUCGCCUUCGAAACCCGGUGAAACUUUCUCCACACGGAAAUGGUUAAAAACUUGUUUGACUAAGACCUUAUUACAUUUGAUUAUUAAAAGCGAUCACGCUUUUGUGAAAGAAGUCGAUUAAACUUAGAGCAUCAUGGAUAUGGAACAAUUGAAAAGAAAUCAGAUACUUGGUAACAGUAUCGAGCAGGAGCCAUUAAUGGAAAGUUCCAGUGAAGCGAAACCACGAAUUCCAGCCUGCGUGUAUAUUUUCACUUUCUUCGCUGCCAUUGGAGGCUUUGAGAUGGGAUACAACUUCUCGGUCGUUUCUGGAGCAAUGAUCCUUGUAAAAGAAGAGUUUCAUUUGUCGACAUUUUGGCAAGAGCUCAUCGUGAGCGUAGCAAUUGGUACAGCCAUAGUGGGAGCACUUCUGGGAGGUUUUGUGAAUCAACGAUGUGGGCGAAAACCCAUGCUGUUGGCUUGUGCUAUGGUGCUAACGGUAGGAGCCGUGGUGGAGGCAAUUGCUACAUCGAGAAAUGUUUUACUCAUUGGUCGGCUCAUUGUCGGUUUUGGAAUAGGUAAGUGAGAAAAAUGAGGUUUUCCGUAAUAUCUGUAAGAUGCAACUCGCUGUGCAACAUAUGCAUAUUUGCAAAUAUGCAAUCGCUCUAAAUCACUGAAUCAAAACGGGUGUCACGAAAGCUAAGACUUGAGACCUAAGAUCCUUCGAGUACUAACACCUCUCGGAAACUAGUACCCCUCGAAAACUAAGACCCCUCAAAAACCUUUUGGCUACGGGAUAUUUCAAAAGAAAGAAUGAGAAGCCAAGGUGAUCUUUACAAUCUGGAGGAGUUACAAUUUGGAGAUCGUGAAUUUUACUUGAGGUGUUUACAUGUUGGUUACUGAGCUUCAAAAUUAAACGUUGAAUCUAGAUAAGUAAACUUUUUACUACUAAAUUUACACUCUAAUUAAUUCAGAAAGAAAAAGUGAGCUUUCUGACAGUUUUUAAGUCGGUGAUAAAUAUCCAUAUAUGUCGUACCUUGCCCAACGUUCCGCAUGUUUACCCCAUGCUAGAAACUUCUGAUCGCUUUCGAAAUCCGGUGAAACUUUCUCCACACGGAAAUCAUUCGUUAAACACUCGUUUGACUACGACCUUAUUGCAUGUGAUUAUUAAAAUCGAUCACGCUAGCAAGCUGGUGGUCAAGCCCGAGGCAAUUUUUAAGUGGGUGAUAAAUAUUCAUAUAUGUCGUGCAGUGCCCAACGUUCCGCAUGGUUGCCGCAUACAAGAACAAUCGCUGUUGAAAUCCGGUGAAACUUUCUCCACACGGAAAUGGUUAAAAACUUGUUUGACUAAGACCUUAUUACAUUUGAUCAUUAAAAGCGAUCACGCUUUUGUGAAAGAAGUCGAUCAAACUUAGAGCGUCAUGGAUAUGGAACAACUGAAAAGAAAUCAGAUACUUGGUAACAGUACCGAGCAGGAGCCGUUAAUGAAAAGUUCCGGUGAAGCGAAACCAAGAAUUCCAGCCGGCGUGUAUAUUUUCACUUUCUUCGCUGCCAUUGGAGGCUUUGAGAUGGGAUACAACUUCUCGGUCGUUUCUGCAGCAAUGAUCCUUGUAAAAGAAGAGUUUCAUUUGUCGACAUUUUGGCAAGUGCUCAUCGAGAGCGUGUAGGUUUUUCUCAUAAGCUCAAGAACGGCGGCAAGUACCGUAAUCAAAGGCUCCUUUGAGCACAGGCGCCUCAAACUCACGUUUCGAGAGAAAGCAAACGAUUUUUUCAUGAAUUAUAAUCCAUUAAAGCGCCACACGUUGUGUGACCCCGGGUUAAGUUUCGAGAGGAACCGUUGAGAAUUUGAACACGUUGUAUAUGUGGUUACAAUUGGGUCUUUCUAUUUAAUAAUAUCUGCUCCCCCUAUACAAUAAACUAGCCUUUGAUUAAAAUUAGCCAACACAAGUAGAUGAACUAUAAAUAAUCCGGUAGAUACAUGCGGUCAUAGACUGCCUAUUUUUAUCAUCUUACAGUAAGCAAAAAUAAAUGAUUGCUUUCAAUCCUAAGAUCUAUGCCUAUUUUUAUCAUCAUACUAGUAAGCAAAAAUAAAUGAGCCCUUUCACUCCUAACAUCUUAUUAGUAAAUCUCCCUACUGUCUGACAUACAAUUCUUAUGAUGUUAGUUUGGAGAAUUAGGUAUUGGAUCAACUAAUAAUUUCCUAAUGUUUAAUUUUCUUAAUUCUCAUCACUUUGCCACUUGAUAUCAUGGUAUUGAUAUUGUGAGGAGAAAUUCUGUCUUGGUCACUCAUGCACAUAUAAGGAUUAAAGGGAUUGUAAUUUUCCUUUGUCUUUAUAUCAUCUGCUAACACUUCAUCUCCCAAGAUCUGAUUGGUCACCCUCCUCUCUAAGUGCUACACAUUUCCUUUUAAAUUAGUUGCAAGAAUCUGGUGUUAGAUUGAGGAAAAAACAUUUUCCUGAUAAGUUUGAGUAUUCUCAUUACCAGUUUGGUGGAAAAUGUUUGGAUAUUAUGGGAAAAGUCAUGUGUUAAUCACUUCCAGGAGUUAAAGGGUCAAGUGGAACCAUAUUAAGCAGUGGGUUGUCAGUGUCCUGAAACUUUUCUCCUUAAUCACUGUAUAUUUCACAAGGGAGACCUCUAAAUACAGGCUUGACUGUACUUGAUAUUCCAAAAGUAUUGUUCACCUUUAAACAGCUAUUUUGUACCCUUAAAGAGGUGUAUAUUUUUGACAUUUAAGUGUGUAAAUUUAAAAUGAAUCACAGAGCCCCUUUAAAUGUUCUGUGUUGUUUUUCACAGGGGGAGCAUCAGUCACAGUCCCUGUAUAUAUUGCUGAAACAGCUCCGUCAGACAUAAGAGGUGGUCUUGUCACUGCCAACAAUAUUUUUAUCACUGGGGGCCAGUUUAUUGCUGCUGUGGUUGAUGGUAUUUUCAGCCCUCUCAAAAGAACAGGAUGGAGGUACUUAAAAACUUCUCAAUAAUUUUGGGUAAAAACACCAAGGUAGAUAAUUCUCUUGAUAUUCAUUUAAUUUUACAAAGCUUGAGGCAAAUGUUCCAAUUUCAUCGAGGGAGGGGUGGGGUGUUAGAAGGCUCCAGGUCUUACACUUUAGUUUCUAAAAUGUCGUAAGUUUCUGCUUAGAUUCUAACUUCUUAUUUUUAUUAACCCUUUCACUCCCAAGAUCUCAUUAAUAAUUCUCCUUACUGUCUGCCAUAUAAUCCUUAUAAUGUUAAUUACGAGAAUUUGGUUUUGGAUUAACUUUCUUUCCCCCAUCGGAUAUUUUUCUUUAUUCUCAUGACUUGCUUGCUCGAUAUUGCAUUAAUAUUGGUAGGAGAAAUUCAAUGUUGGUAACUCAUGGGAGUUAACCCUUUAACUUCCGUCCUGUUGUGGCAAGUAGACUAUAACUUCCCUUCAAAAUUCCUUCUAGUCUGUUGUCAGAAAAUUUGCAUUUUUUCCUUUCUAUUUUCAUAGACUUAUGCUUGGUUUAGCAGCAAUACCAUCCAUUGUUAUGUUCUUUGGAUGUCUUGUGCUGCCAGAAAGUCCCUCCUGGCUUCUUAGUAAAGGGUUCUCUCAGGAGGCUAAGAAAGUUCUGGUCAAACUGAGAGGCACAAACGAUGUGAACGAUGAGCUUUUAGCGAUACAAACUAUAUGUAAAAAAGAUGAAUCACUUCACAAAACUAGUAAGUGGUAAUGAUAGCGGCAAUAUUGUGGCCUAACAUCUCUGUUACCAUUAAUUUGUGAGAAAAGGUGUACAAUACGUUGCAUUUGAGGUCAUGACUAACAAGUUAAUUUUACUACGUCGAACAGCCUUAAGUCAUUAAUUCACACAUUUUUUAAGUGUUAUUUGAUAGUCGACUCGACUCGACUCGACUAUGCCUGCCCAUAUGUAGCAGUAUUUAAUCCUUUCAUAUUUAUACUUGAUUUAAACUUAUUUUCUGUUAAAUUUAAAUUUCAUGACUAAAAUUGAAGUAAAUUUAAAACAAAUUCCUUGGUAUACCUCAUUUCCUUUCCAGCAAACCAACUGCAAAAUCAAGAAAGUCUAAGGAAUCGAAGCGUAUCGAAGUCGUUCAGAUAUUCCGCCAAACGAAAUGGCCGCUGAUGAUGAACAUGUGACAUAGUCACGUGACCCUGGUCGAGCUCGCCUCAGGAAGAUCAAAUAGAAUUUCGCAGUUUAAAUCAAAGACAAAUUUUGUAACUUUCGAUAAAAUUUUGAAAGUUAAAAUUGAAAUGAAUUCAAAGGAAUGUUAUUAUAUUACUACAGGAGCCAUUACCCGGAGCCUCCAUACCAAUUGUACCCUUGAGUCAACCCUGUCCCGUAUCUCUUUAUUUUUAGAACUGAGAUGCGUAGGGGGUUCUUUAAUUUCCCGUGAAAACUCGCUGACGUUCGGACAACACCCUUGAAAAAAAUGGUGUUCUUGAAAAACUUUCGUGCGGCCUGCAUGUGACGUAAACAAUAGAGGACCGCGAACACCCGCGAAAAACCCCGUGGGAGGUGCUUCUAAAAAUAAAAAGAUACGGGACAGGGUUGACUCAGAGGGUAAGUAUGGAAGAUGGAAGCUCCGGGUAAUGGGCUCCUGAUUACUACUAAAUAGUGUUAAACGCGUUUAAAUAGGAACUUGUUUUAAAUUUAAAUAAAUUUUGAACGCAAGGUUUAAAUUUAAAAGAAGAUAAGUUUAAAUAAAAAACUAAUAUAAGAGGAUUAACUAAUGCUACACAUGGACACGCACAGUCAUUUUAAGUUAUUUUUAUUUCUUUUUUUAGAAUCAUUUUCCUUUAGUCAAAGCACAACAUUUCAGAUGGUGGCAACCAAAAGUACAAGGAGAGCUCUCCUGGUGGGCUGUAUGUUGCAGGUGAUACAACAAUUUUCGGGGAUCGAUAGUGUUAUGUAAGUGAAAACGUUUUCAUAACUCCUAAUGAAAACUUGAUAUCUCUUAAGUAGACAAUCGAAGUCAUGUGGGAUGCGCCAUAAGCGCGCAUGCUCCUACAGUGAUCACCUACAUAAAAACACACACAACUGAAUACAAACCUUUACUGACACUGAAAUGGACAUUUGCGUUAAAUCUUCCAAAUUCUUCGUCGCUUACUUUAAAAAGAAUUUUCCUCUUUCUAGUUUUUUGUCCCAGUCUUGAAAUUUCCCUUGAGUCUCCAUAAACGAUUGCUUGCCAGCCGACUAAACUUUAAUUUUUCUCGACCAAUUUUUAAUUUAGGUUGUUAAAUGGCGACUUUGAAAGAAAGUUUUGCUUGGAAUCCUGGAAUGACCACUUGUUUUCACUUAAAAACAUUAAAAGGGAACUUAUAUAAAUUUGCAUGAUUCCUAAGGCAUUUACUGCUUCUCUAUUCCUAUGCGCUACACGAAAUGAAGUGGUUAGAUUGUAGCUUGCAGUGCGGGCGUAAUUUUGAAAAGUCAAAGCUCAAUAUUUUCUUAUAGCGGCAGCAAAGGUUUGGGACAGAAAGGAAUUUGUACUCGUGGGGUUAGCGACAGUAAUAAGGAGGGAGAGGAGAGGAGGUGCGUCUUUCCCCGCCCCCUCCCCCGUACGGUUCACUCUAACUCCAAAUCAAACUCUCCAAUUGCAAGCUUGUAACGUUAAUUCGCCCAAAAGGAUGCUUGUAAUGCAGGUAAAUUCAGAGUUUCCAUGUUACUUCCAGGUACUACAAUGCAACGAUUAUACAGAUGUCUGGUAUACAGGGAGACCAGUUGGCCAUCUGGUUGGCUGCGGUGGUCGCAUUCGGUAAUUUCGCUUCCACCAUAAUUGGAGUGUUUCUUGUAGAGAAGUUGGGACGUCGUAAACUACUACUCGGGAGUCUUGCGGGGGUCAGUCUGAGCUUGUUUCUACUGGGAGGGGCAUUUCACAUGGCGAAGCAACACGAUGCUGCGAUCACAUUUCACGAGAAAACGCCGUCCGAGGUAAACAGCAGCAAGUGUUCCGCGACCGGGUACUGCCUAGAUUGUCUCACAGAAAACUGUGGGUUUUGUUUCGCUAAAGACUCUGCCAACAAUCCUAUAAAUGGUUCUUGUGUUCCAAUCAAUGUAUCUUCUAGUGAUAACACGGCUGCAUUUGGUAGAUGCAGUCGCAAGGAUCAUUCAGUAACAUGGUCGUACCAAGCUUGUCCAUAUAAGUAUUCCUGGUUAGCAAUUGUAGCUCUUGUUUUAUACAUAUCUGCGUUCGCUCCGGGGAUAGGUUCAAUGCCAUGGACGAUAAAUUCCGAGAUCUACCCCCUGUGGGCCCGUAGCACAGGAAAUGCGUUUGCUACAGCAACGUACUGGACAUGUAACUUGGUGAUUUCCAUGACUUUUCUCCCUCUGACUGAGUGGAUUACGCGUUACGGUGCAUUCUGGCUGUACGGGGGAAUUUCAGUUUUUGGCUGGUUGUUUUUCUUUGUUUAUCUUCCUGAAACGAAAAAGAAAUCGUUAGAGGAACUGCAGCAUUUAUUUUCAUAG